AUGGCGACUCCCUCGUUAACGCCUUUCGCAGAGGAUGGUUUUCCUGGUGCUUACACGCUGAUCUGCCCGGAGCUCAAUCAAAAAGAUACACCCUUCUAUAGAGAAGGCAUGUCCCGGCUCUUCGAGACAAAGAACGAGGCCUGGCUUUAUAGUAUGUUCGUAAAGCCUACACCGGAAGUGGGACGUAUUCAAAGUUUCCAUCCUCCCAGUGGUGACCUCUUUGACCGCCUUCCAAAUGAAAUCAUCGAUGAGAUUUUCGAUUAUGUUUUGGCUGAUAGCUAUAUACAGGAUGGGGCCAGCAUCCGUCAUAACGAAUAUCUCGUCAAUCGCGAGAAUAGAAAGAUUGCCAGGGAGGAUUUCAUCGCGCUAGGCCUCUCGUCCGCUCGCUUAUGGCCACUCGUGCUGAAUCGCCUUCAUCGGAGUUAUCGGAAACAUCAUUGGGCAGGCAGGAAGGUUGGCUUCCAUGCAGUACAUUCAAAGUUCACCGCCGAGCAGAUGAAGAACUAUGGUAUCGAGGGUACGAAAUACAUGGGGGAUGAGCGUAUGAUGUCUAGGGCGCAGCAGUCGGUGGAGGAUUGGAAGUGGGACUAUUUCAGCACUACUCCAGACGGGGAAUGGGUCGACAUCAUCGAUCAUCCUAUCAAUGGAUACUCAAGUGAGCGAGCAUUCAAAAUGUCCAAGUAUGAGUUGGAGACGAGGCCGGACGACCGAGAGAAGAUCAGGCGAGAUCUCAAGCGGACUAAUUUGCAUAUUACGGAGAGAGAUUGGGUGCUCCGUAACCUUACAACCAGACAAUAUGUGCGCUCCGAUCAAUUAGAAGAGCCAGAAGAACCAGCAUCAGAUUGGAGGGAGCCACCUAAAGCUAGGGAGCCAUUACUUUCCAAUGUGAAGCGAUUUUGUAAGGACCUUACACAACAGAUGAGGAAGAACUCGAAGGAUAAGAGACGCUCAGAACCGGAGAAAAACUCACCACUUACUCUGGCCAUCAUCUUUCUCUUCUUAACAUGUAGUGCGCCAAACACGUGGUAUCACUUUGAGAGAAUGGACUCCCCGAAGCGAUAUCUCAACUUCGAAGACGGCCCCUGGGCCGGUUGCGCAUUCGACAUCAUCCCGCUGGAAGAUCACCUACAGUCUUGGGAACAAACAGAUAAUAUAUGGUUGGACGUGAGCAGAGAAGUAGUCGCCGAUAUCGCCAACCUGCGCUUCUGCAUCUGUAGGUAUCACGAGAUGAGAACUUGGGGUCACAAACACUAUGUCUCUGAUCAUAACCCCACAGCAUACUCGGUAUACUGGGAUGACUACUGGGCCAAUGUGACGCGUACAAGGAAGCUACACCGGCAGUGGGUGAGGACAUGUCCGCCUCGCCCCUGGAUAGACGAGAGUAUGUACACCCCAACAUAG